AUGUCGGCACUCGCGCUGUACACAGGACCCCCGGGCUACAGUGGCAAAUCGGUUCUUCGAUCCUUGGAAUGUGAUGCGGCAGGCAAGGGCUUCAGGAAGAACCCGACGGCUCGCAAGAGGCACAGGGAAGCCGCUAGGAGAUGCAAUAUGUUCUGGAAUAUGAAGUCCGCGGGCGCGGUCACCCCCAAGGCUCUGAAGGCUUAUGAGUGCGCGGUGCUUUUGUCUAGCAAGUCUGACAGUCUGCUCUCCGCCGCGCGUGGGGACUGGCGGCAGUGGAGCCGGACCACAGCCCAGCAUGGUCCCGGCAACGUGCUCGACCGCCUGGCCGGCUUCUGCUCCCCGCCGUCCGCCCCGGCCGCCCGGGCCGCGGGCCACGCGCUCGCCGUCCACCUCGCGCUGCGGUGCGCGAAGCUGUUGGACCACAGCGACUGCCACAGCACACUGGCCCUCGACGCUCGCUCCUUCGCGUACAAGGCCUUCCAGCUGAUGGCUCAGGCUCAGAUGGACGGUUGCGCCGACACGAAGCAUCUCUCGAAGACGGCAGUGGUCUCUGGGAUUGUAUUGUGGCGACGCUUCUUCCUCUACCCUGGCGUUGACCCGCGGAUUGUGCUCUUCUCGUCUAUACGUGGCGAGCCCUCCAAGCCCCUGCAGUGGCUCACUUCUGUGUUUGCGGACCCUCGUGCCGCAUUGCACUGUCAUGAGUUGGCAUUUACGGUUUCGUGUUGCAUGUGGUUGCAGUUGUCGCGGAAUUUAGGUCUUAGGGGUCUCAUGAGACGCUCCCACGUUGCCCGAUGCCCAGUAGUCCUACAGAUCUCUCCAGGUUGCAGACGAGCGGUUUCGUAUCCUUUCAAUUUUUUCGAAUGUAAGGCCUCCCACAUGCUUGCGGAUUGUUGGAGAUUCCAGAAGAUCUGCAGGAUGCAGACACACAAUUAA